AUGACCAGCAGAACUACCGACGAAUUCCAUGUCGCUAUCGUUGGUGCCGGCAUUGGUGGUUUGGCUCUAGCAAUCAGCCUGCACAAGAAGGGUGUUCCCUUCACCUUGUACGAAGGCGCGAAAGAGUACUCCGUCGUAGGCGCUGGCAUUGGGUUUGCUCCAAAUGGGAUGAGAACCAUGGACCUGAUUGAGCCGGCUUUCCGCCCUCUGUUUGAAAAGAUAUGUGUUGGGAACAAAGGCGAACAAGACCAGAACAUCUUCUUUGAGGGCAUGCUUCUUGAGGAGGGCCUCGGUCAAGACCAACCAUGGUCUGGAAGGUCUGCCUGGGGCCACCCUAAUUUCAAUCGCAAAUCUGCCCAUCGAAAAGAGUUGCUUGAAAUUAUGACUAGCUUUAUCCCAAUCGAGAAUGUCAAGUUCAACAAGUGUCUUGAAUCCAUCGAACAGCACUCUGACAAGGUCAUUCUCAAAUUUGCAGAUGGCGAGGAAGCCGAUGCGAGUGUGCUUGCUGGCGCCGACGGCAUCAAGAGCGUUGUUCGAGAACACGUACUCCGGCCAUCUCACCCUGAAGAAGUGGCUCCAGUAUAUGCAGAUGCCUACUGCUAUAGAGCUGUAAUUCCGAUGUCCGAAGCCUACACAAUCCUCGGAAACCUCACGGAUGUUGCGAAGUUCUACUUUGGCCACAACCGGAGUGCAAUCACUUAUCGCAUCUCAGGUGGUGAAGAACUCAAUCUUUUGUUUUGCGUGGCGGACCCAAAGCCAUGGGCGCUGGGAGAGGCCGUGACGGAAAAGACGACACACGAGACUAUGAUGGCUGAUUUCGAAGGCCCUGGUGUCGACGCUCGCUUUAUCAAGUCGCUUGCCAAAGCACAACCUAUCAAAUGGGGAUUCUUCCACCAUUGGCGGACAUCUACUUACUGCAGAGGUCGCGUUGUCCUGCUGGGCGACGCCGCGCAUGCGUCCCUGCCAUUCCAGGCUGCGGGUGCUGCUCAAGGAUUGGAAGAUGCCUUGGUCUUGUCAAAUGUGCUUUCCAAGAUUGCCGAUAUGCACAAUGACUCUGUCAACCCGAUGACGUCUAUUGAAACAGGUCUGGAAGCGUACGAUUCGGUGCGACGUCCUCGGGCUCAGAGACAAUUGGAACAGUCCGCGGAGGUUGGGAAGAUGAUCUUCUUCCAGCAUGAGGAAGCAGGUUCAGAUAUGAGCAAGAUACUGCCUAGACUGCAAGAGGGAAGGUUCGACUGGCUCUGGUUUCAUGACAUAGAAGUUGAUGUUAACAAGGCUCUGACGAGAAUGGAUGAGCGGGGGAUAAAGUGA